AUGGCUGCUGCUCGCAAGCGACCUCGCGACAACAUUGACGAGGCAAGCCGCGCCGAGUGCCCUUUCUCCAUACGCCAUGUCGACCCGAGGGAGCGCGAGCUCAAGAAGAAGCGCAGGCGCAGGGACGACGAGCCCGACGGCGACAAUCCCAAGAUCCCCGUCCAGAUGUCUCCCUUUGCGCCCACGGGCAAGUUCAAGACCCAUGAGACCAUGGACAUCCACUACGCCGUUGAGCCAUCCAAGAGAUGGUCCGAGAUGACCCGGUACAAUAGCUUCGUGUUGAAUGGUUCCAAGUACUUUAGCGACAACUACAUUUUCGUCGCAAACGAGAGCACGAUCGAGCGCCAGAAGUCUGCGCCCUCGGGUGGUCAGGCCGGGCCUAGGACGCACUCUGACGACGACUGGGUGGCGCGCAUCCUCGAGAUUCGCGCUAGCGAUGAACACCACGUCUACGCCCGUGUGUACUGGAUGUACUGGCCUGACGAGUUGCCCCCUAAUACACUCGACGGCAAGAAGUACGUCUCUGGCCGGCAGCCGUAUCACGGGCAGAACGAGCUGAUCGCGUCCAACCAUAUGGACAUCAUCAACGUCGUAUCUGUUACUCAGCAGGCCACCGUCAACCAAGUGACCGACGAGAACGAUGACCAAAUCCAGAGCGCCCUGUACUGGCGCCAAGCCCUCGACGUGCGCACCUUCGAGCUAUCAGUUGUGGAUCGCGUGUGUAGAUGCAACGAACCCGGCAAUCCGGAUAAGGUCCUUAUCGGGUGUCCCAACGAGAGUUGCAAGAAGUGGCUGCACGAGGAGUGCCUGAAGCACGAGAUACUGAUGAGGGUAUGGGAGCAGCUCGGCACCGACAGGCCUCACAAAGCGUCAGGCGUCAAGACCGAGAAGGAAGAGGAAGAGGCAAAGCGCCCACUAAGCCCCGUCGAGCCCGGCAGCGCCACCGUCGCCACCGAGCUACCUAUCCAGGUCAAGACAGACGGUGAGGGCGACACAGUGAAGGCGAGCGACACGGUCGACGUCAAGGAGGAGCGCGAAAUCGCCGCAGAGGGCUCAGCUCAAACACAGAAUGGCCGGGCCUCGACGACGCAGACCCCGACAGCGGAACCAAUCCGCAAAGGCGUCAGCCGCGGGCGCAAGAAGCCUGACGACAUGAGCUACAAGCCGUACGAAGGCUCUUUCGAGGCCACCUUCAAGCCCGAUAAUGACAUGUUCGAGAUCAAGGACCUGAGGACUGGCGUCGAGGGUGGACAGAAGACCUGGCUGGAGGAGGUGAACUGCCUCGUCUGCGGCUCACGCAUCCACUAAAAAGGCCUGGUAUCUCCCUCUGCGUGAGCGCCUUGGCUGGCCGUUCGCAUUUUCCAGCUUGAAACCCCACGGUGAGCGUCGAGACUGCGAGUGUCACAGAUUGUGUGUCCCUGCCUAUCGAGCCACACGAGCCACAGCCAUUCCUCCAACAGAUCAGCGUCAGCAGCAAUUUGUCCGACUGGAUGUCCCUUCUUCGACCAUAUGGGCGCAGACCCGAGGCCCCUUGAUCAGUAAGGAAGGAGGAUACCAGCUCAUAGAUCGAGGAAUGGGCAGCAGGCAGUCAUGAUGGUUCGAGGGGCUGGCAAGUAAACUGUAUGUGGCUGAGGCGUGGUGGAGGCGAGAAUGUACAAAAACUCUCCAACCCAUAUUCCACACGCGAUUCGGGCCCG